AUGUGUUUAUUAUUGUUGUCAAAAUUCCGCUCGUUACAGGGCUACGAUACGAUUGUCGGUUCAAAAGGUGCACAGCUGUCGGGUGGCCAAAAGCAACGAAUCGCCAUUGCGAGAGCGAUGAUUCGCAACCCAAAAAUCCUCAUUCUGGAUGAGGCUACAAGUGCACUGGACACUGAGAAUGAACUGGUUAGCUGGGCUCCUCGGCGGGGAAUUGCACACCUUUCGGAAUGA